GACGAAGCGAAGCGGGAGCCAUCAUUGUUGUCGGUUUGCUAGCUUGCUACGUACGCGAAAGUACCGCUGCUCGGAAUCGCCGCGGAUUAAAAUCGGAAUUUUCCCCGGAAAAUCUCCCGAACUGGGUCCGUUUGAUAGUGCAAAACGUUAGUGAUUCCCAGUGAAAAUGACAAGUCGUGAAAAUCGUUGAAAAUCCGCUUUAUUUCGGUGGUUAAACUUGAAUUCGGCAUUUUUCGUAAAGUGCCAAGCGGCGGUGGUCGAGCGGAGCUGCAUUAUUUUGGUGGGAAAUUUUGUGCGAUUUUUUGUGGGCAGUGUAUCGUGAAAACAUGGGGAAAAAAGUGAAACCCCGCACCUCGCGGCUUUCGUUGAUCAGAAGUUCCAUUGACGUCGCCGGAAGGAGGAGCAAAAAAGUGACGAAAAUGAAUCGAGUGAAACCGACGGCGCCGGGGAUCGACAUUGAAGAGAUGCUGGAGUCCAGCGUAAUAUUCACCGAUGACGGGAGCAGUCGGACACGUAGCGGGCUCAAAAACGGGGAAACCGUCCAGAGAACACCCACCAGCAAAGCGAAGGAGCAAAGGAAGGAAGCUGAUGCUUCCCCUAUUGGAAAUGGAAGUACCGACAUCAAAUCACCGCCUAUCUUGACUCGCGCUCUGCGAGUGAAGAUUAAGGAGUUAAGCCCAGCAAAGAAGGUCGUGCGUCGGUCCAAGGCUAGCAUGUCACCAUCAGUGGAAAUCAGUGGAGAUGUCAUCAAAGAUCAGAUGACGCUUGUACUGAACAAAAUCGACGAACCUGUUUCGGAGGUAUCCGUUUCUUCCGCCGAAUCCACAGAGGAAGAAUCGAAGGUGGAUUCUGAACCGGAAGUUGCGAAUUCGGUGGAUCCCUCGCCGCCUCCACCAGACACUUCACCGACAAAAGCAAUCGAGGAUGGUUUAAAGUCGCCCCAAAGAGCGAAAUAUUUGCUAAAGCAACUGGAGAGCACUCUGAGCCCGAAGUUCAUGAAACCGAGCAAAACGAAUACGGGGGUAUCCACUAGCCGCUACGGUCGAAUACAGAAGCAAAAGGAGAACAGCGACUAUAUUCCGUUGGAUGUGGCGAGGUUCAUUACCAAAUCUCCGGCCAAGAUCAAGGCGAUCAAAACGAAGCUGGCAAUCGAGCCGCUGUCGGAACCAGUGGAACAACUUUUGGAAGGCAGUGACCAACAAUUGCCGGUGGUCGAAAUUAUAGAACCACUUCCGAUAGAAGCAGAUCUUCCGUCAACUGAAGUGGAACCACUCCUGCCUCCAGUUGAAGACCUAAAUAAGGCACCGGAAGAUCGGACAGAAUCUAUUGAAUCCAGUGUUCCACCAGAGACGCCGCAAUCUAUUGAUCUUUCCGAUCCUCCCAGCUCUGUCGAAAUAGUACCCGAAACACCUGCUUCUGUCGUCGAUAAUGUGGAGGCAAUGUCCUCGCCAAUUCCGGUCAGAGAUCCCAACGCGAGUCUCAUCGGGAUCGACGAAAUCCAGAUCAUCGAUAUGGACGCCAGUUUUGGGGAAACUAUCGUUUCCGUCGCCUCCAGCGUGCCCGUGGUAGAAGAAGUCAUCCAAACUCCUGCGGUAUUGGAGGAUAUUGUAGAGACUCCAGCAGAACCACCUACAACGAUUGUUGCCGAAACCCCACCUUCCGCAGUGGACGCCACCGGUAGCGAUUCUCCAGAAUUCUAUCCGGGACAACUACUGUGGGGCGCCUUCAAUGCCAAGACACCUCACUGGCCGUGUAUGGUGAGUCUUGAACCGGAAAGUGGCCAAAUCCGGAAAACUCACACCACAAGAAAGCCUAUGCUGCACGUGAAGUUCUUCGCCGACAACGGUCGCCGGGCUUGGAUUCCGGAAGCGAUGGUACUCCCCUACAGCACCGUUGAGCAUUACAAAUCACUGGUGGAUACCCAGUUUAAAUCGAUUCGAACCAAGUUUCUCCAAAUGGAGCGUCGUGAAACAUGGCUGGAGGCGGUUCGCCAAGCAGAUGAAACCCAGAAACUCCCAUUGGAAGCCCGAGAAAAUCGCUUCCAGGAGCUGCUGGAGGCAGAUCGUGCCAAGCCGAAGCUGCCCGGCCGUCGACGAACCAAAAGCGUUUCUCUUGGCUAUCACAGCAAUAGUUUUGACGAGUCGUACGAAUCUGGCGCCCGGAAACGGCACCGUUCCCGCACCCCAGAAAGUCCCGCCUACGAGCCGCUUCCAUUGUCCUCCAACAACACCGAAAACAUCUCAAAGCGCAUCAAGCUGGAAUCGAACGAACAAGACCUCUUGCGGAAUACCAUCUCUCGUUAUUUCCAAUCCAUGGCGGAUGGAAGUGACCUGGCUGAAACGGCCAGUACCACCAGCAGCGACUGCGAGGAUAUCACCGAAAUGGUGGAAUUCGACAAAGAAAUCUACACCAACUUCCUGAACAUGACCCGCCUGCUGGUGUUCGAAGGCCAAACGGAAACCGAAGUGGACAAAAAGCUGCAGAAGUACGUACAGAAGAUAUGCGCCCUGCGGAUGCAUGCCAUUGCUAAUGGCGCCCGACUGUCCAGUCGGUUACGCUCGCAGGCCUUACGGCGGCUGGGACGGGAACUUGGAAUCGACGGGACCAAGAAGGAAAGCGAAUCCCCGAGCGGAUCCGCGUCGGUUGAGAAAGUUAGGAAUCCAAACGAUAAACGUCGGAAAAAAUUGGUGAUGUCCUUGGAGGAACGGUUCAUUUUCGAUCUGGAGAAAAACUACCUGAUGAAGGGCGUACCGAGAGGGGUGGUGUGCAUGGUUUGCACCAAACCGUACGAUUUGGUCAAGUGCUCCAAGUGCUGCAAUCAGUAUCAUCUAGCCUGUCUCACCGACACUCCCAUCAAGUCGGAUCCCGCCGGGGAGAGCAAAACGUUCACCUGCGCAGAUUGCAUCCUUCAGAAAGUACCCGCCUGUUUCGUCUGCACCGAUAACGACGAUACGGUCAAGGAGGACGAGAAGUACCGCUGCGCCAUGUCUGGCUGCGGCAAGCAGUAUCAUCUGGCCUGUCUGCGGCUAUUCCCGCAGCACAAGUUCACCGGAACUUCCCGCAAGUCGAGCACGCUGUUCUGUCCGGCUCAUACCUGUCAUACGUGCGUCUCGGACGAUCCCCGCUCGAAUGCGACCACCACCAAAGGCCAGCUGGUCCGGUGCAUCAAAUGUCCCUCGUCGUACCACGCGGAUGCCAAAUGCAUUCCGGCUGGGUCGGAAAUUCUGACGAACGCGGCGAUGAUCUGCCCAAAGCACACUCUGGAACAAUGUUCGAUUAACGUCAACUGGUGCUUCCUGUGCUGUCAAGGCGGGAGUCUCAUUUGCUGCGAAACCUGCCCAACGGCCUUCCAUCUGGAGUGCCUCAAGUUCACCCCUCCGGAAGGCCGUUACAUUUGCGAGGAGUGCGAGUCCGGUCGGAUGCCAUUGUACAACGAAGUCGUCUGGGCCAAGUACGGUGCUUAUCGCUUUUGGCCCGCCAUCACCGUGCCGCCUCCGAUGGUUCCGGAAAACGUCGAACUGAUAUCGCACAAACAGUGGGACAUAUGCAUCCGAUUCUUCGGAUCGAGCGAAUACGUUUGGAUAAAUCGGCGUCGGAUCUAUCUGUAUCAGGAAGGUGAUUCUGACGCGAUCGGACAGAAGCGCAGCGGCUUAGCCAGACGCUACGGGGAAGCACUACAAGAAGCUAAAAAGGUGCAUGGAAUGCUUUUGGAGAAAAAAACUGCCGACCAGCUGACCAAUGGGAGCGAAGACGCCUUCAAGCCUCCGAUGUAUAAAAAUAUCAAAAGCAACCGCUACGUGGCCCCGCUGAAGGCACCCUAUCAGGCAAAGGAUGAAAUGGAAGAUAACGUGUGCGAGUGCAAAGCAUCCGAUAAUGAGCCGUGUGGGCCGGAUUCGAACUGCUUGAACCGUGCUCUGCUGGUAGAGUGCAAUCCAAAGUUGUGUCCAGCUGGCGGAAGCUGUCAGAAUCAGUGCUUCGAGAAGCGGCAGUAUCCAGCGUUGGCUGCCCGGCGGAUAUCGCAGAAGGGCUGGGGACUGGUGGCACAGGAGGACAUCCGACAGGGACAGUUUGUGAUCGAGUACGUUGGCGAGGUAAUUAACAACGAGGAACUGGCACGGAGGCUACAACACAAGGUGACGCAGAAGGACGAAAAUUAUUAUUUUCUUACGGUCGAUUCCGAACUGACAAUCGAUGCCGGUCCCAAGGGAAACCUUGCGCGUUUCAUCAACCACUCAUGCGAGCCAAACUGCGAAACGAUGCUUUGGAAGGUGGGCGGUGCACAGUCGGUCGGGUUGUUUGCAAUCAAGGACAUCAAGGCGGGCGAGGAGUUAACCUUCAACUACAACUUCGAAAGCAAAGGCCCCGAAAAGAAGAUUUGCCACUGCAACGCAAGCAAAUGCUCCGGCUUCAUCGGGCAAAAAUACCGUCCUCCGGUGGAGGAACCUUCGGGCGACGGUCGACGUAAGUCGGUCAAAAAGACGAAAGGCUCGAAGCGUCGAAAAUCCUCCAUGACAGCAGCGGACAAGAGGCGAAAAAGUACCGUUGAAAAGGACGACGGAACGCCGGGAGGUAGCAAAAGCAAGAAACGGAAAUCAGUGGCGGUUGAACCGGUGGAGAGCGAGGGUGUCAAGGUCAAGGUCGAACCAUCGGAAGCAACGGAAGCGGUUGACGAGAGCGUGACUACCGGGGCGAGCAUGGCUGUUACUGAGGAGAAUCCGAAGGUGGACGAGACGGCGAUUAAAGACGAGGUAAAAGAAUAAGCAAACAUUAGAAUGGGGCCUUGUGCUGGCGGGACCAAACUCCAAUUUAUACCUUACAUAGAAAUCCGUACGUACGAGUAUUAGUACUAGAAAGAGCACAACCCAGUGCCUUUAUUUUGUAACGAGAUAUUUAUUACAUCACGGUAGAAGGAAGUUUUUAAAAAGAUAUUUCCAAUCGGAAAGAUAUGUAUAUUUUCUUAUACUAUUGUAACAUAGGUACUGUUGAACGCUUUAAAACAAAUGGUGUUAACGAAUAGUUGAUUGAAUAAGUCUAUUGAUUGUUCGUUGAAGAGGAAAAUCUGAUGUAGUGUACACAAAUUUAUAAAUAAAAUAUCGUAUUAGCAUUUGAACGCAUUUAGCUAGGGUAGGUUCCUACGGCAAUUUCCGUUUUUAGAGACAAAUGUUAAAUUAACAAGCAUAUUAAAUUACGGUUUAGAGUUUCUAA